AUGUCUGUUGAUGAAGUGAUAAAUACGGUAGGGGGUAAGGAACAGGAUGUACAACGAGCAUUGUCACUGCUGCUAUUUACUGCGAUCAAACCAUACUGUGUUGAAUUAACGCAGUUAGCAUUAUUACCCAAUCCAAUCUUCAAAUCAGAUUCCCAAAAAUUGGUUUCUGCAUUGAACAAUGUUAAUAAUACUCUAGAGGAACAUUAUCGGGAAAAUUCGUCUUCUGGGCCUUAUCGUUUGUCUGCUAAUAUAGCCGAUUACGUAUUUUUUCCUUUGUCUAACUUGUUGAAGCAGCCAACCCUAAGUGACGAGGUGAUAUCGAUUUUACUCAAAAUAAUAGCAUUUUUGAUCAAUCAUUCAUGGAGCCAUAAUGCGGACGCUAAAUUGCUAGACCAAUUGUAUCCAUUGAUCUUGUUUCUUGUAGAUAAUAAUGUUGGGGCCAAAGGCGUUACGGUAAUCGAGACAAAGGAGUUUACAUUCAAGCAAUCGGCUGUCACCGUUAUGAGUAGUUUGAUCUCAUGCUUACCGGUUGACUAUUUUUCAAGCAACCCCAAAAAUUUGACUAUGUUGGGGUCUUCAACAACCAUUUUACUUGAUAUAUUUGCAAGUUUACAAGGCCCAACGACACAAGAACAAAUAUUUCUUGUAAAUGAAUGUUUAGAUACUAUUUCUUUGUUAUACUCAAAAGUGUCAGCAGAACAGUUAUCGCAUAUAUUUCCUGGAUCGGUAUCUCAUUUGGUUAAUUUCUCAACAAAUUCCAAAUCAUUACAUUUUUCGAUCAUUUGUGGUAUUUUGAAACUACUUAGACAAUUGAUAGUAAAAGUGUUCAAUGAUAAGGACUUGAAAAUUAGCUUAGACUCUUCAGAUUCACAACCAGAUUUGGAAAAGUUGAACGAACUUUGGGAAGAUCAGAAUGACGAGGAGCUUACACAUAGAAUGGAUAUGUUGAAUAUAAAAAUAGAGAUACCAGCUACGGCGAAUAAGCAUAGAACCACUAGUUGGCUCUUCGCAACUUCAAAGCAAUUGAAAAUUUCGUUGACUAUCUUAUUCAGGACAUUCUUAUCAUCUCAGAGCUAUAAACUGAAGGUUCAAACAAAGACUCAAGUUUCAAAUGAAUUAAUCUCAUUUGUGAAUGAAAUACUUCAAAAUUGUUUUGUAUCUUUAUUCAAAGACUUCUGUGCUAUAGCAUUGGAUGUAUUGUCAAUGUUGAUAUCUAUACUCACUUCCGACGAAAAGGCUUCUAUUCAAAAAGCGACUGAUGAAGAAAUCAAAAUUGAUGAUUAUGCUUCAUUAAUAAUUUCAAAUAUAUCAGCAAAUGAUACUAGUGAUAAAAACCAGAAAUUACUUUACAAUCAUGUAAAAUUAAAACUAUCGGAUUUUAUUAAUAACAAGUUAUCAUCAAUUGUCUUCUCGACUGAUGACGAGAAGAUUAAUUCCUACAUUGUUUCGCUUAAAUUUCAAUUUAGCAUUUUAAAUAAACUAUCGAAUAGUUACUUCACUAAUGAGGAUGCUGUACAAGAUUUGAAAUUUAAACUAACACAACAUUUGCAACUGCAUUUUGUUAACUGCUUUCUUUUUAAUAAUCAACUUAAAAGUAAAGAAAGUUUUCCGUUGGCAAUUAAUGGUACCCCUUCUGACAAUAAAAAUGAAUCAAACAAUAAGCUAGACAAUAUUGAACUACCACCACAUAUUAAUGCCAACAAGUUAACUCGAAUCAAUAAUAAUAAUUACCUUACUAAUCGUAGUGAUAAUAUAAAUGCGUAUACGGAUAACUUGUUAAUAUUAUCUAAAAACUGGUCUGGAGGUGAGCCGUAUCGUGAUUCUUCUGAGUUGCUUUCAAAUUACUUUAAAGGUAUCUACUCACCGUUUAUUGAAAACAGAUUUGUUGGCCUUCUUAGUUUUAUUGCAUUACUAGGGAGCUCAAAUGAGAGUAAAUCUCUUCUGACUGUUGAAAAUUUAUUCAUAAAUAAUGACGUUUCUGUUGUUGGUGAUGCUUCGACUCAAUACUUGGACAAAGCUGUGUCACUCUGGAUGGCCAAUAACUUAAUGAGUGCCUAUAAUUCUAAAGGUAAUAAACAGGUUCAGAAUUCAUCUAACAUAGAUUCAUUCGACAUAAAUGAGUUCUUAGUAUUUGAACAGAAGGAGACCAUGACUGAUUCAGGAAUACCUAGCGAAAAUAAUAUAGAAGAAAUAUCAUAUUUAAUAAUGGACAAAGCCCAGGAAUUAAUAGACGAGGUUUCAUCUCUAAUGAAUUCUCCAGAAAAUAUCACAAGCAAGAACAAGAUGCAAUUGUAUAAGAUAUAUGAAUUUGCCUAUUCUGUUGCCAUAGACUCCAUAGGGCAGCUUGCUAAUCAUUUAUCUUUAGCGGAUUUUCAGACUGAUUUUCUUAUUGAUUAUUUGUAUCCAUUACUAGAGGCAUUAACUUACCAAUCGAACUCGUUGAUACAAACACACGCUGUAUCAUCAUUGGACUCAAUUGUAAAAAAUUAUUAUAACGGGUCUCUAGAGUUACUAUUGAUGGAUAACCUGGAUUAUCUAAUUGAUUGUUUAAGUCUAAAGCUAUCCGUUGUCAGUACUUUAACUCCGGCAUUACCUGGUAUUUUAUUAAUUGUUUUAAAGAUUGCUGGAAUUAAACUUCUAUUAACUAAUCAAUUGCUGGAUAUUCUAACCAAAAUGUUCAUACUUAUCGAUUCAUAUCACGGUUAUUCAGCUUUAGUGCAAGGAUUUUUCAUUGUUUUUGAGGAGUUGAUACAGCAGAUUAAAGUUGAGUAUUUAAAGGAAACGAUCUUGCAUGAAGAAGAAUCAUCUUUAAGUAUAAACGAUUCUUUAUACAAGCCGUGGGGUUUAUCGAACUGUGCGCAAUUAUUAGCUUUAAUAGAUGACUCAAAUAGACUCAUUGAUCCUAUGAAUGAUUAUGAUUCAAAUACAGAAUAUUUUAAAAGGAAACCUGAUACAGCAUUUGGUGAUCAAUUGGCAGAUUCGGAUGAUGAAGAUGAAAAAAUAAGCCAGAGCGAUGAAAGUGAUCAAGAGGUAUGGAAUUCAUGUAUUCCAAAAAAUAUAUAUCUAAUAGUCCAAAAGAUAUUCAAUUAUGGCUUUAGAUUAUUAUCACAUCCAUCGACAAACUUGAGAGUGCAAAUUAUAAAAACAUUAAUUAAUAUUUAUCCAAUACUAAGUGAGAACUAUCAGUUACUAUUACCGAUUAUUUCGCAACAUUGGCCGGUUUUACUAACCUUAGUUUCAGGAUCUUCAACACUUUCAACAUUUUCAGAAAUCGAUUCAUAUGAUUACGCGUCUGACAAUAUUAUAAUCCUUGGUCUUGAAUUUCUUAUCGAAAUUAUUGAAGAAGAUAAAAAGAAGGGUGAAAAAUUUUUGGCCAAAAGAUUCAUAGAAAUUUGGCAGCAUCUCUCGAAUAAUUCUAAAAUUUCAGGUUACAUCAAAAGGAGUAACCUGAACAAGCAAUCAGGUCGAGUGCAAAAGCAGGUAUCUACUUUAAGAGAUACAACAGCCCCAUCUGCGCUAAACCCUAAAAUGAUACAACUAUAUGUGAAACUUAUCAUUACUGGAUUAAACACAUAUGAAAGAACUGUUUCUGAUUUAACUGCUUAUGAUAUGGUCAAAUUUUGCUAUUCAAUGGGCCUAUCAAAGGAUCAAUAUAUGGUCAAAGAAAUAAAAAAUAUUUUAUGGGUUAUAGAACAUGAGGUAGUUCUUUGA